AUGGUAUACAUUAGCAACAUUUCCCACCCCACCAACCAAAAAUUGGUAGCGAAGCAGUACCAGAUCAGUCUAGGCAAGCUCCAAAAGAAUGUGGCUGCUGAUUUCAAGGAAGACAGUAAGUACCGCUUCUACCAAGGCAAGAACAUGGAGUCGCACCUCUACGAGGGAAUUCAGCCUGCUGAGUUCUACGACAAGCUUGAGAACGUGCUCGCAACCCAGAAGUCUGCCUUUAAGGUCAACAUCGCUCUUGGAUACAAGCUUGUCAGCAGAACUGAUGACAGCGAGACUCGCUACUUCCACCCGAAUAUUAGCAACACGUCUGUAUUUAGCACUCCUGUAGCUAUCAACAGCAAGGCUGAUAUUCGUAAGAAGGUGAUCUCGGAGAUUCGCUCCAUGGAGUUGGCUGACAAGCUCAACUACCCCAGCUCCGGGUACAUGGUGAAGGGGAUUACUGGCUUCAAAAUCUAUAUCUACCAACGCAACCAUGCUCUGGGUGAUAGCGAGGUUGUCAUUCCUAAGGCGAUUCGUGAUAACAAGCACGUCAUCAACUUCCCCAAGACGAACAACAAGUGUGUCUUCCACUGCAUUGCUUAUCACAAGCAGGAGGGAGCCAAGAAGGAUCCUCGCAGAAUCCAGGCUCUGGUGAAAGAAGCCUUCAAGCAGUACUGUUCGUACAAGGAGAUCACCUACACUCUGGGUCUGUUCCGCAAUUUCAAGCCUAUCGACAUUCUCCAAUUCGAUGAGCUUGAGGAGUGCUUCAAGCUGAACAUCAACGUCUUCAACAUGGAUGUUGAGACGGGCAAGGUUGAAUACAUCCGCUGCUCGGACAAGGACUAUGAUUCGAUCAACAUCUUGUCGCACGAGAAUCACGCUCUCUACAUCACGAACGUUGAUAUGCUCCAGCAGAAGUACCAAUGCUCUACGUGUGAGAUGGUGUUUGUUAGCUCUGAUAAGCUACGCAACCACACUAAGAACCAAUGCGAACUCGUGAACAUCGAAUCGUUUCCAGCUCAGCCAACCAUCUACCAACCCGCUCCGAACAGCAUUCGUUCCAUGCUGACUAAGUACUCCAUCAAGGAUGCUGACCAUUACAUCGAUCACUUCAUUGUCUUUGAUUUUGAGGCUAUCCUCAAGCCUACGGGUGUCAAAAACGGAGAGAAUACUAUCUUCACAAACGAACACAUUCCUGUGUCUGUUUCCGUGGCCGACAGCUUGACUGAGGAGGUGCGAUGCUUUGUCAGCGAUGACCCGAAGGAGUUGCUCAAGGAUAUGUUCCAGUACAUCAAGGAAGUUGCGGCUAAGAUUCAGCAGUACAACGUCUCGAAGUACGAGUCUUUGCUCCGCAAAAUCAUCAACGUCCAUGGUUUGACUGACGCUGAGGUUCCUGGUCUAGACUUGGGUAAGACGUACAAGAUGGAUGAUGUCAAUGCUUGGAUUCAGAACGGGGAGUUUGCUUGUUUCUUCGAUUUCCACAGCAAGCUCACAUUCGUAUUCGGAUUCAACUCUGGACCCUACGACAUCAACCUUAUCAAGGCGGACCUGUUUGCAGUCAUCGGUACUGACAACAUCACAUCAGCCAUCAAGAACCCUAGCUACAUGUGCAUCGCCACGUCAGACAUGAAAAUGCUUGACAUUAGCAACUAUAUUCCGGCAGGCACCAGCUAUGCAAAGUACUUGUCGACAUAUCUCGGUGAGUGCAAGUGUGAUGACAAGAUUCGAUGCGUCCGUGGUCUAGGAAAAGGCAUCUUCCCUCAGCCGGAAGUCCCUCCUAAGUCGGCGUUCGACAGUGCUCUUCGUAGCUCUAGCAUCAGCGAUGAGGACUAUGUGCGGGUACAGUUCGUCUGGGAACACUAUGGCAUGAAGUCAAUCAAGGAUCUACUCAUUUGGUACAACAACCUCGAUGUAGUACCCUUCAUCAAGGCCAUCAAAGCCCAGCGAGAACUAUUCAAACGUUUCGAACUUGAUAUGUUCACUGAUGGUGUGUCGCUACCUGGUCUCUCUGAGAAAGUCAUGUAUCAGACGUGCUUCAACAACCUCCAGCAACCAAGUAAGGAGCCUGCUGAAGCGUUUGACUUUCCCGCUAGUCGCUUAAGUGGAUAUAAGACCCAGGAUGCUGAUGCCGAUCGUGAAUUCAAUAUGACGCUAGAACACCUCAACGACUUGCUAGAGCGACAAAAAUACCUGUGUGGGCUAUGCUACAAGCAACUCACAGCUGAUACUGCCUCGGCUGACCGAAUCAAUAAUAAGCUCGGACACAUCGAUGGUAAUAUCUUGAUCAGCUGUGUGGGAUGCAACGUUGCUCGCAAGAACAUGCCGCUAAAGGACUUCCGCCACAAGAAGCUACUUGAAUUCAACUCAGACAGGUUGGUGUACAGUAUCGAUAGAGAGGAGAAGGACAUCUACACCAAGAUGAAGGCGAACAUUGCUGGUGGUCCUUCUAUCAUCUUCAACAGAUACGCGAAACGCAACGAGACCAAGAUUCGAGGGGGUAGGAUCUGCAAAAAGAUCAUCGGCUACGAUGCUAAUGCUCUGUAUUUGUGGGCUCUUGGUAAUGAGAUGCCAUGUGGACGGCUGACUACCGUCGAAGCAUACACAGGGAUCGUCGAUGAUAUUGUAAAUGACAAGAUCUUUGGCUUCCUCGAGUGUGAUAUCCGUACACCAGAGCACCUCAAACCCUACUUCAGUGAAAUGACCCCAAUUUUCAAGAACACCCUUAUCGACUGCAGCGAUCGGAGUGUCAUCGGUCAGCACAUGUUCGAGUACAACGAGGAGCGCAAGCAAAGCCGAGCAAAGCCGGCUCGCAAACUUAUCGGGAGCUACUUUGGUGAGAAGAUCCUCAUUUAUGCACCGCUACUCAAAUGGUACAUUUCUCAUGGUAUGGAGAUCACCAAGACUUACAGCUUCAUCAAGGCUAGCUCUCACAAGGCAUUUGCACCAUUCAUGGAAGCCAUGAUGAAACUGGUUGGUAAUAGUGCGUUUGGUCGAUCUGGCAUGGACAUGAGCAAGCACAAGGAGGUCAGGUAUGAGUCGGACGACAAGGCAAUCAAGGCCAAGAUUGAGCACUUCACCUUCCAUGGAAUGGAAGAGCUGGAUGAUUCAUGUGAAUUCACUAUGAAGAAGCGAAAGUUCAACAAUAAGAACCCAAUUCAUCUAUCGAUUGCAAUCUAUCAGCUCGCUAAGCUCCACUCGGCUUAUAUUGCGUUCAGCUGUGAGAAGCCAUUCGUUGAGUGUAUCAAGCCCGAGCUUCGUGAGCAUUUUCAGCAGCAUAAGUACGAGUGGUUCCCACGUGAUUAUAGCGAAGAGAUGGCUCAGUUUGAUCGCCGAACGCCAGGUUUGUCCAAGGAUGAGUGGUCUGGUGAUGCUAUGGUAUCAUUGUCCUCUAAGAACUACAUUUGCUACCUACCAGACGAAUCUUACAAGUUCAUGGUUUCCGCGAAGGGAGUGCAGCAGAAUGGUGGUCGAAACGCUAAUAUCCUCAACCCAGAUGGCUUUGAAUCAGUUGUUCGCGAUCGCAUCACGCUACAGGGCACCAACAAGGGGUUAGACUCAAAGGCUAAAGAACUGGAGCCGAAGAUUACGAUGAAAAUCGUCAAGGAAUGGUACUCAAACCAGAGCGAUAUUCAGCGAUUUCAGGAGCAGAAGAAGGAUGGUUCCGGAGGCAGCUAUGGUGACAAUAGCGACCUCAACGUCGCUGAGUUGAAAGCUAUCAUGAAGAGCCUCAUCAUUCAUGAUCGUACCCAGAAAACCCAAGCCGCUGUGUGGGCUACUGACCUCGACAAGUCGACCAAGAAGGUGGAGGCAUCUACCCAAACGGAAGGCGGCCGAGUCUGGGCUUACCAGCCAAAAAACGUCAAAGUCUGUGAAGACAUUUGCUCUAUAGAGCAGAGCGGAUAUACUUAG